CGCAUGCCAAUUUCGGACUUUCGGUGAGCAUAAAUAGCCGGGCUUUGGAACUGAUCCCGAUCCACAGUCGCGCCCCCACUCCAAUCACCUCGGCGAGAUCACUCCAAGAAACCAAAGAAUUCGCGGCUUGCUAGAUGAAGGUGCUGGUGGCGGUGGACGACAGCCGGGGCAGCCACCGCGCGCUGGCCUGGGUGCUGGACCACCUCUUCUUCUUCCCCGCCGCCGGCGGCGACGGCCACGGUGAGGAGGGGCUGGAGCAGCAGGUGCCGCGGCCUGAACGCGAGGGGCCGGAGCUGGUGCUGGUCCACGCCAUGGAGCCGCUCCACCACGUCAUGUUCCCUGUCGGCCCAGGGUCGGCGGUGUACGGCGCGGCGUCGAUGAUGGAGGCGGUGCGGGCGGCGCAGGCGGAGAACGCGCGGAACCUGCUCGAUAGGGCGAGGCUGAUCUGCGAGCAGCGAGGGGUGGCCGCGGCGACGGCGGUGGUGGAAGGGGAGCCCCGGGAGGCGCUGUGCCGCGUCGCCGAGGACGCCGGCGCCGGGCUGCUCGUCGUCGGCAGCCGCGGCCUCGGCGCCAUCCAGAGGGCGUUCCUGGGCAGCGUGAGCGACUACUGCGCGCACCGGGCGAGCUGCCCGAUCAUGGUCGUCAAGCCGCCUCCCGACGACGAAGACGACGACGGCCCACGGACGAGCAGCUAGUAAUGGGCCGCCAUUACAUCCGGCGGGUCAGGGUCAGCUUAGAUGGGAGAGAUGGCGGCGCGGCGGGUCUCAGCUGCGCUGUUCUUGCUGAAGCGGCGUGAAUAAUGAACUUUGCGAUCUGUGUUUUGCUACACCGUUCAUGCAACUAUUUCUAAAACUCAAUUAUACUCCUGUAAUGGUUGUGUUAUAUGGGUGUGCGUCUUUUUAUAAAUAAUAAAAUAUUAUCUGAUUUUUAUAGUUA